AUGAUCAGGCUUUUCGCCGGGUUCCGUGCAAAAAUAAAGCAACAGUGUAAAAUCCUUGGCGUUCCGUUGAGAAUACAGUGCUACUUCCCUUUUUUCCUUAUUUACUACCUUCACCUAGCUCUUGCAUUAGAGUGCACAGGAAAUGAAGAUUGUAGUGCAAGAUGGCCAGAGGCAUUUUGUGUACGAGGGCGGUGUAAAUGCCCUGCUGAUACUGUGAGAAAAACCAGCCCAUCAAGAGGAUGGAUUUGUCUAGCUGUACUUGAUGCAUCGACUGGACAAAUUGGGAGCGCCUUGACCUGUCCAUUGCCUUUCGGGGCUGGAUACGGUGUGAUAAGAAGAGAAGGCUCGAGACCCGUAUAUUGUGCUUCAAGACAAACGGCUAAGAGCCAAAACAAUGGAAGCACAUCGGCGUGUCCACAUGGGUAUGAAUGUAUUCCUGGCCACGGAAUUCCAUUACCUCUCGAUGGAGUAUGCUGUCCAAAUCAAGAAACCUCCUGUUCACAGCCAAUCUUCGAACAUGAAGACGGUAUAUUGAAUCGUUGGGCCUGGGAUGGCAAUGGAUGCCAUGAACUUAGCUGGAACCCGGCCAGACCGUCGACUGCGAAUAAUUUCCUGACAAAAGAACAAUGCGAAAGCUACUGCGUACAUGACAGUCUU